UCUGCCAGCGACAGAAUGCAACCGUACUGACGAUAAAUCGCCAUUGCUCUGUCAUAACUCCUUCUUCAGAAUGGGCGGGAAACCUAGUCGGGCCGGUUACUCUAAGAUAGAGGAUGGACAAAGGAAGGGGAUUAAGAUUGUAGUGAUGGGUGCUUCUGUAGGCAAGUCGACCCUCAUCAGGAGGUUUACUGCCGACAAGAAGCUGAAGACAAUGGCCAUGGGGGAUUCAUCAACUUGGGCGAAAAGAGUGACCGCUCCGUGGACAACGGCGGAGAUGAAUAUUUUCGAGGUUCGCGGGCCCAAAAUACGUCUUUUGUUUAGUCGUCUUCUUCGUAACGCUGACAUCGUCCUCAAGCUCUACGACGCUACAGAUGAAUGUUCUCGGGAAGCCAUCAAGAACAAAUUUUCCAGAACAAUCAAAUUCAAGGCACCAAGGGCGAAGGUGUUCCUGGUUGGUAACAGAGCAGACGUAGACGUUGCCGAUGCCGAAAGGGGUGUGUUUGACGUCGAGGAGGUUGAUUCGAAACACGGACGUAUCAAACACGUCGUUGUGUCUGCGGAGACGGGGUUUAAUGUAGAGCGUUUGUUCAGCAUCGCCGUCUUUGAUGCUUUUCCAGAAGGAGGAACGGGCCAUGACGUCAGCAGACCUGACGUGGAUUGCGACUCACCGCCAACAAAGACCAAGUUAUGUCGGGAUAUGUCAACAUAUAAAAUGAACACCAAAAUCAAAGGCCUUUGUCUGAUAAUCAACAACAGAGAUUUUGACCGGACCGACCUCCCUCCGGACCAAAGACUAGCCACUCGACACGGCACGGACACCGAUGCCAAACGGCUGCGCGAUCUGUUCCUAGAGAUAGGAUUCCAUGUGCAGCAGAAGGACAACCUCACCGACACGGAGAUGCUGCGGCAGUCGCAUGUGAGCGCCUACACUGAGGAUCAUUCGCAAUAUAGCUGUUUUGUGUGUUGUAUUUUGUCCCAUGGCUCCGAGAACAACCACGGUUCAGUGUACGGGGUCAACUGCCGCGACAUCGCCAUCUCCUCCCUCACCUACCCCUUCCAGGCACGCAACUGUCCCUCCCUGGCUGGCAAACCCAAGCUCUUCUUCAUACAGGCAUGCCAGGGUGACAAGUUUAUGAAGGGGUUGGAGACAGACGUCCCUGAUGUCGUCCCAAGGCCUCGACGUGUGGAAAUCAUCCCCGACGAGGCAGACUUUCUGCUGAUGAUGUCAACGUGUCCCGGGUACGUGGCCCUCCGCAACAUCGUGGAAGGAUCUCACUUCAUGCAGGAGCUCAUCGCAACGAUCAAAGGCAGCUCUGGUUGGACCAUGAUGGAGAUUGCUAUAAAGGUGUGCAACAGGGUUUCCCGGAAAGACUUCAAUGGCUACAAACAGGUGCCCUGUCUCAGGUCCACCUUGCGAAAAGCUGUCAUUCUCCAUUGAAGUUCACAUCGUCAUGAAGUUUAGUUUAUUGCUGUGUGAAACAGUAUAUCUCGUUUAUAUCACUGAGUGGGAGCGUUAUAUGUUACAAGAGAAAGUUGGCGGAAACGAAUCUCGACGUAAUGCACGUAGACAUUCACUGC